AUGAGCAUGCCUUCUCAAUCAUCAUCGGAUGCACCCGAGUCAUUUAUCCAGAGGCUUCCUAAUGAACUGCUCAUCCUGAUCUUUGAACAGUUGCACCCAGCCACUGAAAAAUACCCAAAAUUUAGCUAUUGGCUAAACCCGAUGUUGGUCUGUCGCCGAUGGUAUCCUAUUGCAGAAGAAGUUGCAUGCGCUAGUACGACACUGUACAUUGAGCGGGAUCCGGACGCGACGACAAGAGUAUUGAUCAAUAAAUCACAGACAAGAAGAUAUGUUCGGUCAGUAAGGUUCAAUUGCAACUUCGCGGCAGAGAGCUUGAGGGCCAGAACCCUGAUACUGCUGCAGUCGUUGAAGCGUGUGCGCUGUCUUAUCCUGGACUCCGGGUUCCCAAUAAAAGACAAUGCUAUGCUCGCAGCGUUCCGGGAAAUGCCCCUCACUGAGCUGCACAUAACUUACUUGCUGUGUCCGUACUCCCUGUUAGAAUUCUCUAACAUCCCCACUCUGCGACGUUUGGCUCUCAAUAAUUGGGGUGAUUUCAUUAGGGAACGUUGGCGUCGGGGAGCAGUCCCUAGACGCCGCCCGCCUCCACGGUUUGACGUCGACCUAGAUAAUUUCCUACCACCAAGGAAACAAAGGACCUCGAGGAUUACGACUCUUCGAUUCAAGAAACUCGACAUCCCUGCGGACCUUUUGGAACGGCUUUUCAUGUGGCCGGCGGAUCUGGAAAGCGUCGAAUUGGACUUUCUCCCCAGAACACCUCGGCUUCUAACAUACACGGCUGAAAGAAUCCAGGAUAUGCUCGCACCGCGUGCUGCAUCUCUUAAAAACGUUAGAUUAGGCGCUCUGCAUCUCAACAGCAGGCGUAUACCGGACUUUUCAUCCUUCAACUGUCUGGAAACGCUUACUGUGUAUGGAGCAAAUCUCUUGUCAGAGCGUCCCGAGAUUGCACUGCAGAAGCUGGCUACGCCGAGUCUCAAACUUCUUAUAAUAGACCUUAGAAGCGACUCGGAAAUUAUCGCGGGUCGUGGAAAGUUCCCAGAAGUCUAUCGCUGUUGGCUGGAGAGUUUUUUCAAGGGGGUUAAGGGCGUCAGCAGACUGUCAGGGCUCAAGAACGUGCAGAUUUACACUUACAAGGGUCUUUUUAAAGAGGUGCGUCAUCUUCCCUCUGCCCAAAUGGUAGAUAAUUUGGUACAAAUUGCCCAGGAGUGUGGAAUAUUUCUCGAGGAUCUGUCUGGCAACCUCGUCCCUCUCACCGUCAUCAAAGGCGCCGGCCACGAGUUCAUCCCCCUUCCUCAGGGCGAGAACGCAACGACAGCCGACUUCCACUCCAUUCGCACCAAGACCGAGUCGCCGGCCUACUUCACCUCCGGAUUCUACAAGAUCGAGGCUGGACCGCAACGACCCGCACACUACACAUUCGAGGAGACCAAGUACGUCCUUAAUGGUCAGAUCGACGUUCUGGACGAGGCUACCGGAAUCACCCACCAUCUAGUCCCGGGCGACUUUGCCUUUUUCCACGUCGGAUCUAAGGUCAAGUUCUCGACCAAGUCCUCGGGUUUCGCCUUCUACGCCGUUACUCGGCCCGUUCGGGCUCCCCACCCUAACCUUGUGGACCGAGAGGAGAAGCAGGCCAAGUUGUAA